AUGGAGGCCAGGCGCAGCUCCGUGCCUGGGCUGGCGCCGCCGGCCUCUAAGCCCCCGCGCCGGCCGGCCAACACAAACACCCCGAUCCCCCUGAACUCGCUGAAAGGAGCUGGGUUGGCACGAAAGAAUGUCACGUUGGGUACUGUGACAGGUACCUGGGGCCUGAAGAAGGUGAGUUCAUUAAUCAGGUUGUAUUUCAAGCCAGAAGAGGAAUGUCCUCCAUGGACAAGAUUUAACGGCUCUGUCGCCCGGGGCCACGUGGACUCCUCGAGGCAGUGGUGUCAGGCAUGCAAGGCAAGUCGGGGCACGAGUGACCUCUCGGCGGCUAAUGGAACGUUUACCCCUUCUCAGAAUCCAUGCUUACAGCUCAGAAGAGGGAGAGAGAGGGGGAGCAAGAAGAUGGCACCAGAAAUUGUGUGGUUCCAACCAAACUGCAAGGGAUGCUGGGAAUGCAGCCCUCCUGCAUGGGGGGAAGAGGAAGCAGGUUUGAACGGAGUCUGUGGGCAACCUUUACUUUUUCGGGACAUAAACCGUGAGAAUGGCACGAACCUUUUCUGUUUUCUGAUCGUCAUUUGGACUCAGCCUCACAUUCCUCUGCCCUCAACGUGUGUACUGGGCCUGAUAUUAUUAAUAGUAGGAUAAUCAAAUACAGUCCCCAAACAACAAUAAAGUGUGGCAGUAAGGCUGUUUGAUU